UUGUACAGUAUUCGUGUAUAUCACAAAUAUUGAAAUAUUCGUAUUAUUAUUACUUAGUUAGUUUACUCCAAGAGUAACUAAUUUUCUUUGGUUUCUGCAUGUAAAUAACAUCCCUUUAAAAUAUCGGAUUAUUCGGAAUGCGGUGGCGGAUGUGUAUUGUAACUUUUGUUAUAGCGCGGAAGUGCUUAUGGAGCAAUGUGCAGACGUACUCCGUUGGUGGUGACCAUGGACCAACCCCCACAGAUAGAUAAUAGGAAUGACUAUUUAGGCACAUUUGUCCAAAAAACGUUAAGGUUAAAACCUGAAAAAUGGUCUAGAAUGAUGGCAACGGAAGAGCACAAAGCCGUAGUUAUGAAAUUUCUCGAGCGUCCUCUGCCGCUACUCUUAGUCAUUGUACUAACACCAGCUGCCCAAUUGGUUGCAAGUAAUGGAUUUCCAUUAGUGCAACUAAAAACGAAAGGUGUAUACUUCAUAAAGAAAGUUGCAAUGCCCGUUUCGAAGAUAACUCCCGCCGAUACUAUUAUCAUGGGUGACCUGGCUUGUAAAAUUGUUGACCAACUAGCGUCGCUAGUGGAUGAAGUUUUGGUCCCGUUACUGUCCAAUUCGACCAAUCACGACAGAUGGCCUACUGUGAUUGCGAAGGAUGUUCAAAAACACGUUCACAGUUUGAAAAGUACUGUGUAUCAAGUGAAGGGUCAAGUGAAUGGGCAAACUGUACUUCCCAUGCCUGUUGGCGUGGAAAAAGUUCAAGAAGUGGAGGAGCUGCUAAUCGAAAGCAACGGCAAAAUUUGUGAUUUGUACUUAAAGAGCGCAAUUGAAGCCAUUAUCAUUAAGUGGGUGUCACAAAUUAACGAUGUACUUGCAAACGAUUCUUCUGAAAACAGUUCGGAUGCAAAUGCCACGCCAAAUGCAGAACUGCAAUUCUGGAGUUUGCGUUUAAAGAAUUUGCAAUUCAUUUACGAACAGUUGCGAGAACAAAAGGUCCGCAGUAUGGGUGUAAUUUUAGAGAAGACGAACAGCGCUUACUAUAGUUGUUUUAAAAACCUCUUCAAGAGCGUUGUCAUAUCUUUGGCAGAGGCUAAAGAUAUCAACUUGUAUCUAAAACCACUUAAACGUCAUCUAGUUUUGCUAGAAGACACAGACUUCAGCGAUGCGAUGCCCCUAGUACGUCCAUUAGUUCAUGUCGUGUGCUUGAUAUGGUCCAAUUCGCAGUAUUUUGACCAAGUGAAGCUCAUAGUGCUUUUAAAGCAGAUAUGCAAUCUCCUCAUCUACCAGGCCAAACGAUUUCUGGAUCCCACAACUUUAUUCCACAGUGACAUUGAUGAAGCAAUGCAACGGGUCAAUUUAUCCGUAAACAUCCUAAAGCAUUUCACCAGAACUUUCGAACUGUAUAAAGAAAACUUGGGCUAUUUUUUCAGGGAUAAGCCUUUAAAGCCUUGGACUUUUCAUCCCAAUACAGUCUUUGAGAGGUUUAACGUCUUCUUGGAUCGGUUGAAUACAAUUCAAUGGUUUUUCAAUACCGUGUUGGAAUUUACCAAGCUCGAAAAAGUGGAGAUUGGAGGAGUUAAGGGAAGAAUGUUAAGCGCAAAGGUUACUGGAGUGUCCGCGGAAUUUCAACAAUGUUUCCAUCUAUUUUCCGGAAAAGCGCACGAUGUACUCGAUCCGGACGACAAUUCGUUUUUGGCGGAAUUUGAGUCGUUUAAGCAAAAAAUUUUUGAAUUAGAUUUAAAACUAUCUUCAAUCUUGUGCCAGGCGUUUGAAGAUUGUUGCAAUUUGGAAAGUAUUUUUAAGUUAAUAAGCAUUGUUGGAUCGGUACUCGACAGGCCACUAAUAAAAGAGGAAUUCACGAGCAAAUAUGUUAAAAUUUUGGACAUGUUAAAUGAAGAAAUGGACACGGCAGAAAUAUUAGUACAAGAGCAAAUGGUUCAUAAAGAAAAAAAUGGACAUUUUCGUUUAGACAAGUAUAUGCCUCCGGUUGCGGGCUCAUUGCGUUGGACUCACAAUCUACGUGAACGAAUAUCUGCACCCAUUUUGUCCUUUAAGGCACUGCAACAUCCAAUAACCAAAACAUCGGAAGCUGAUGAGAUCAUUAAGAAGUACGAAAAUUUGACAGAAAAACUUUACGAGUUUGACGAUGAGCUAUUUAAGCAGUGGGCCAAAGCGGUGCCCGAACAAAUUAAUGUAAAUUUAAAACAAUCUCUCCUAAAGCGAAAUGUGAAGUCUAAAGAAUUGCAGUUAAACUUUAACCCUCAGCUAUCGGCAAUUCUACGAGAAGUCCAUUACUUGAAAAUAAUGGAUCACGAAGACAUACCGGAAGAAGCUCUGCUAAUAUCCGAAAGAAACGAUACGUUUCGGCAGUACAUCAUAAAUUUAGAUUCAACUAUCGAUUGGUAUAAUAAAAUUAGGCGUACAAGCAAGGAUGUUGAAUUUCAAUUGAUUCAGCAUGAGAUUGAAGAAAUUGAUAAACUAAUUAUACAAGGGCAAACGAACCUAAACUGGGAUUCGAAAGGUACUUCUACAAUGGCAUAUGAAAAAACUAGUAGAGAUCCAAACCAGUGGGCGAAGUGGUUGGAGGAAAUCGAACAGGAGGAAGUUGCUAAUGAAUGGUCAGAAUCUAGCUCAGAAGACGAAGAAAUAGAUGAGGUGGAACAAGAAAUUCAUGAGUCUGACACAGAACAAGAAACGGAUGAUAUUCCAGAAGAGCAUAACAUCGAACAAGAAUCUGAAAGAAGCGAAAUACAGAAUGAACGACUGCAUGAGGCAACACGUUCUGGACCUUAUUACAUAGGUAAAGACGGUAAAAAUCCGCACUGCGUCGGUCCCUACGACAAACUUCUGCCCAUACAAAUACUUAUGGAAAUGUCCGUAAUGACGACCAGCAAUUCCCUUCUGCGUUCUGCGUUCUGGUUUACUGAAACGUUCGAUGACUCUCUGGUGACGAUUCUGCCUUUGGGACAGUAG